ACGAACGCUCAAAGCGCCUGCGCAGACCUUGAAAAGCGGCUGGGGCGGCCCCGAGCUUUCUUUUUCCGGUGCAACGCCGCGCGGUGAGGAGCUCGUGUGUGUACUCGCAGCCAUGCCGGCCAAGGGUCCGCUGCAGUCGGUGCAGGUCUUCGGACGCAAGAAGACAGCCACAGCCGUGGCGCACUGCAAACGAGGAAAUGGCCUCAUCAAGGUGAACGGACGUCCUCUGGAGAUGAUCGAGCCGCGCACGUUGCAGUACAAGUUACUAGAGCCAGUUCUACUUCUGGGCAAGGAGCGGUUUGCUGGUGUGGACAUCAGGGUCCGUGUGAAGGGUGGUGGUCAUGUGGCCCAGAUUUAUGCAAUUCGACAGUCCAUCUCCAAAGCUCUGGUGGCCUACUACCAGAAAUAUGUGGAUGAGGCUUCAAAGAAGGAGAUCAAAGACAUUCUUAUCCAGUAUGACCGAACCCUGCUGGUAGCUGAUCCCCGUCGCUGCGAGUCCAAAAAGUUUGGAGGUCCUGGUGCCCGUGCCCGCUACCAGAAAUCCUACCGAUAAGCCCAUUCAGAGGAUCAGGGUUUACCUUUGUAAUAAACAUUGUGUAAUUGCCUGAGGCUGA